AUGCUCACCCCAUUUAUGCUGCUGACGCUCUCCCGCCGCCGCCUGUGCGCCUCGCAGAUCCACAAAACAACGUACGAAAAAUCGAUCGAAAUCAUGUCAGAGAACCAGACGCUGAUGGUCGGCAUCGUGCCGGCCGAAGACGGCAGCAUCAAGGUCGUCAUCUCCGAGUCGAACUCGCCUCCGCUCCUCGGAGCCAAGGCGGCGAGCGGCGCCAAGAACGCCCUCGUGAAGGACGUCCCCGCAAAGUCUAGGACGGCAUCUACCUCAUCGACGCGCCCCGCCGCACCAGUUGUGAACGCCUUCCUUGGCUCGGGCAAUCGCGCCGACAUACUGGUGAGAUGCAAGAAGAAUCCCCAAUUCGAAGGUGCGCCUCCGAAGAAGACGUGCGCCGUGGACGGCGGCCUGGAGUACAAAGAUUGCUGGGAAUACGAGAUUAAGGCCUGGUAUUAUAACUUCCGGGGAGCCUCAACGAGCGAUGUGUGCGACAAUGUCGUCGAUCUCGCAGAAGGGCAGACCGCAGCGAACAUCAGCAAAACGAUGUGGGCGGGCUCGGUGGUCGAGACGUACAACUGCCUGCAGAACAUGGUCAACCACUCCGGCGUGCCGUCGGCAGCUCGGUUCUUCUUCUGCACGUUUUCGAUGUAUCAGCCGCAAGACGGAGCGGAGGGCGGUCUCUCGAUCUCGGAGCAGAUUGCACUCGAGCCGUUUGCCGAUAUUAUUGAGUCGAAGCCGACGCACGGUAUGUUUGUGCUCCACACGACUAUUUCGGAGGUCUACGACCGGCUGUGGGUGGCGCACGAGGCGGAUGUGGGUAUCGACGCAAAGCUUCAGAUGCGUGGGCUAUUCGACAUGUACCGAUGGACAGUCCAGAAGUUUGAAUCGGCCGCCACUGUCAAGACGUGCGAUGGUAAGUGUGGCGUGGAGAAGGACCGCGCGUACAUUGAACGCCUCAUCAUGCAGCGUGGUGGCUUCGGGCGUCUCGAUGACGUAAUCGCGACAUUUCGGACGAAGAUGCUCGCGGAGCUCACGGACUUCUUUAAGCUGACGGGCGACCCUGAUACCACUUUGCUGGCGGGAUUUACCAAUCCCAACGUGGUUGUUGAUAACAGGACAUUCGAUUGGAAGGAAGAACGAAUGGAAAUGCAGAGUCCAGUCUACUAUUAUUGCCACGAAGUGGUAUGGAACUUUCAGGCUGAAUGGCGGAAAGAGCUAGCCAAGUCGGAUGUCGCUCGCGUCGUCGUCGCCGCCGCCGGCACAUCUCACGACUGA